AGCAAACGGCUCUGGGCGAAUGGCUGUGUUGGUGCUACAGCGGCAGGCUACUCUGCUGCUAUCUUGGAGUACCUGACUGCUGAAGUUCUGGAGCUGGCUGGGAACGCGAGCAAGGAUCUGAAGGUGAAGUGUAUCACCCAUCACCAUCUUCAGCUGGCCAUCCAUGGAGAUGAAGAGCUGGAUACCCUCGUCAAGGGUACCAUUGCAAGUGGGGGUGUGAUCCCGCACAUCCACAUGUCCCUGAUCAAAGUUAUCUGUCCAGUUGUCUUGAAGUAACACAGGACAUUUUCGCAACCAUGUGUGAGACUUCAUAUCAUUUGGCCUUUAGCUAUGCUUCCAGAUCGAAGUAAUCCCUCUGUGUACUGCCUCCUGGUACUGCUUCAGUUAUUUGGAACAUUGUAUUCGUGUAUUCGUGUUCAUUUGUUCACUUCGUGGUUGAUCCUGAAUGCAAAACCAUUUUUA